CCAGAGGGCCCGCUAUACCUGCUAAUCUCCAUUUCCUUUCCCUCCCUGGAGGAACAGCAUGAAGCUCGCAUACCUUUUCCUUGGCCCCAUGGCCCUUCUGCUUCUGGCUGGCUGCAGCUGCAUUCUCAGCACCUCGAGCGAGAACCUGCGCACCUUUGUGGGCUGUGCUGUGAGGGAGUUUACUUUCCUGGCUAAGAAGCCAGGCUGCAGAGGCCUGCGGAUCACCACGGAUGCCUGCUGGGGCCGCUGUGAGACUUGGGAGAAGCCCAUUCUGGAACCUCCCUACAUUGAAGCCCAUCACAGAGUCUGUACCUACAACGAGACCAGACAGGUGACAGUCAAGCUGCCCAACUGUGCCCCUGGAGUCGACCCCUUCUACACCUACCCUGUGGCUGUCCGCUGUGACUGUGGAGCCUGUUCUACUGACACCACGGAGUGCGAGACCAUCUGA